AUGGAUGCUACCGAGAACCUACGCAUUGCUAAGUCCGAUCGAGAUACCUGGCUCAUGGGUGAUUGUUACAACGAUGUUACCGGACGCUGGAACUUCGACACCCUGCUACUGGACAGCUGCCUUGGAGACGAAAGAGGAGAAUUUGCUUGGGGUGGCAGCGAAUUUACUGAAGAUGCCUACAAUAUCAGAUUCAAUGCCCAUGAAGGUGCUAGUGACCAGCCCAUUUUGCGAGCUGAACUGCGGGACUCCGCGGGGCGCUUUCAUGAAAAGGAUAAGAACUUGUCUGAGCGAAUCAAAAACGUACAUGGUCGUUUCGAAUAUCAUUGA